AUGAAUUAUCUAUUUAGAUCAAGUGGAUAUAGAUUUGCUUUGAAUUGUGGUAAUCAAUUAUUAUUUAGAUCAGCAAGUCCAAUACAAAAGAAUGUUGGUUUUUUGAAUAGUUCAAUUAGAGGAGGACCUAGAUUAUCAUAUUCAACAACAACAACAACAACAGCUACAACCAAGAAUGAUUCGAAAAAAGUAGUAGUUGAACAAGUGGAGGAAGACGAUCAUGAUCAUUCACAAUGUGGACAUUCACACUCGCAUGGUCAUGGACAUUCACAUGCUCACAAUGUUCAUCAUCAAGCACGUCCCGUCGGUGAUUCCACCAUCAGAGAAUCCGAUGAACCAGUACCAUCAUCUGCUAAAUCAAUAUUUGUAAAGGAUCUAUCAUCCCCAGAGGAUUAUAACUAUGUAUUCCAGCGUGUAAAACAAUUCGAUCGUGAAAACUAUGUAUGUUCUAUUCUUAUUUCCGAUGAGUUGGCUCGUCGUGCUGCAUUUGCAAUCCGUGCAUUCAAUAUUGAAACUGUCAUUCUCCACUCUGAAGUCAAGAGUGAUAUUCGUUUGGCUAAAUAUAAAUUAUCGUUCUGGAAAGAUGCUAUCAACAAUAUUUAUAAUGGUAAAGUAUAUGAUCAACCAUUGAUUAGGGUUUUAGCACAACAGAUUAAAGAGAGAGGAUUAUCAAAGACAUGGUUUAUUAGAUUGUUGAAUCGUCGUGAGAAGGAUCUAAACAGUGUACAAAUGAAGGACAUGGAUGAGUUGGAAGCGUAUGCCGAGGAGAUUCACGGUUCGUUGCUAUUGUUGAAUCUCGAGAGUCUGGGUGUGCGUAACUCUGAUGCCGAGCACGCUGCCAGUCACUUGGGUCGUGCCAUGGGAAUUAUGACACUGAUUCGUGGUACACCCUUCCAUAUCAAAACGAGAAAGAUCUACAUUCCGGCAUCACUCACCACCAAGUAUGGAAUUGUUACCGAGCGUCUCUACCAAGGUGAAGACGAGCAGGUUCUCAAGUUGAAGGAAGCCAUUUUCGAGAUGGCAUCGGUUGCCAAGAUACAUCUAGAAAAGGCACGUUCAUUCAAAGUGCCUGCACCGGCUCACGAAGCAUUCUUGUGUGCCGAGUUUGCCGAUGACUUUUUGGAACGUCUAAGAAAAUCAGAUUUCAACAUUUUCGAUCCAACUCUCAGAGACAGAAUUCUUUAA